AUGGCGUCCUCCGACAACUUGAUGACGAUGGAGCAGCCGUGGGGUUUCCGGCCGACAUUCACCGACGCCUGGAUUUCGGAUAUCUACGCCAGGGAGGCGGACACCCUGACGAAGGCUCUUCAGAUGGUCGUGGAUCGGCUCCAGAUGGGCGGACUCCUGCCAACGUUCGACACGUCCGCGUUCCUACUAGACAGCUCCGCUGGGGGACUGGCGGUGCAGCAGCCUGCGGCGGUGGCUACCGACGGAGGUGGGCUGGAGUUUGACCCGUUUUGCAGCUUUCCGACGCUCGAGUCAUGGAAAGUUAUGUAG